CAGGACUUGCUGUUAUUACGAAAGGAGAAGUGGAGUCCCUAGUUACGAAAGAGUGACUGGAAGUGUCCUUUUUCUGAAGGUGGAGAAUUUAGGUUUCGCUUUUUGCCUAUUCUCACAAGGCUCAAGACGACUAAAGAGAAGUUAACAUCGUUUUUGAAUACCUUUUAACCGGUAAUCCGAUCCGCGACAUGCACGCACACAGGGAGCUAAACGGUAAUUACCCCACAGGUGGGCAAAGCCCCGGUGAAAAAGAGAUGGAACCACCCCCGGCAAACGCUGCAAUCGCCAUGUAUAAUCAAAGUCCUGCGGCGUCACGACUGUCAAGUAGUCUACUGACGCUGCCUGAAGAGUUACCGGCUUUCUGUGCGUCCACCCACGGCAUGCUCGUGAGGAACCCGGGGUUACUGAAUUCACGGGCCGGUUCUCCUUAUUAUUCGGUGACACACAUCGGUAAUCUUAACAAUAAACCGAAGAAACAUGCGAUCCAAACAUGGCAGAAAUGCUUCGCAGAUUCCAUAGCCGUCUGUCCAAUGGGCAGUGGUGCCAGUAGACUCUACAGCUCCCUAGUCAACAACAGCACCACUACCACCCCGCUGGCCCAUCACCAGGACCCCCAGCACCCCUCCUCCUCACAGGGGUGUCACUCUCCCCCGGACCCCCUGGAGCUGCUGAGGGAGUGUGAGGAGGCUCUACGGGACAGGCCUCCUCGCCUCCUCAGAGCCUUCAUCUCCCCCGGGGAGGUGGACAGGGAGGAAGUGGACAACAGUGCCACCCAGAGGACCAUCAGGGUUAUGCAGUGGAACAUACUGGCUCAAGCUCUAGGUGAAGGGAUGGACAGUUUCGUCAACUGUCCCCUGGAAGCCCUGAACUGGGCGGAGCGUAAAUACCUCAUCCUAGAAGAGAUCCUCACCUACCGACCUCACAUCCUGUGUCUACAGGAAGUCGACCACUACUACGACACCUUCCAGCCAAUCCUGGCCGGCCUGGGUUACCGCGGCAACUUCUGCCCCAAGCCCUGGUCUCCAUGUUUGGAUGUGGAGGGCAACAACGGACCGGAUGGCUGUGCUCUGUUCUAUGAUGAAGCCCGGUUUGACUUGGUGGAUAGUGUGAAUGUCCGGCUGUGUGCUGUUUUAAUACCCACCAACCAGGUGGCGGUCGUCACGACGCUGUGUUGCAGGGUGACAGGCCGGCAGCUGUGUGUUGCCGUGACGCACCUCAAAGCCCGGAGCGGCUGGGAAUGUCUCCGUAGUGCCCAGGGUUCCGACCUUCUCCGGAACCUCACCACCCUCACCCAAUCACCAGGGGGUCCUUCGGGUCCCACAGGCAUCGCCCCAGACACCCCUCUCCUUGUCUGCGGGGACUUCAACGCUGUGCCUUCCGAGGACGUCUACCAACGUUUCGCCUCGUCACCGUUGAUCCUUGACUCGGCCUAUAAACGGUUAAGCCGGGACGGGCUUUCGGAACCGGCCUACACCACGUGGAAGAUCCGGCCGACGGGAGAAUGUUGUACCACGUUGGAUUAUAUCUGGUACUCUAGAGAAGCGUUCAGCGUGGACGCUGUGUUGGAUAUGCCGACAGAGGAACAGAUUGGCCCUAACAGGCUUCCGUCGUACAACUACCCCUCCGAUCACCUCUCGCUGGUGUGUGACUUCAGCUUUAAAAAGCAGGAGGAGGAUCACAUGGACACUUUUGAUUGACAAUUCAAUGGAUGGAGUGACGGAACAGAAGCACCAUUAUCCCUCCGAGUCCAUCUCUCUGGGGUAUGAUGACUGGAGAACAGGAGGGAGGAGACUAUCCGCUUGGUGUGAGCUUACUUUUCAUGGACUAAAACACUCUGAAUGAAGGAGAGACUGAGAGGAAUAGACUGCUGAAACUAGGCUCUAUGGUGCCUGUCUACAGUAGAGGUGCUGUUGUACCUCUGACACUGAGGAUUGCACCCUGCCUGCUGUUUGUACUAUUCAACUCAACUUGUCCUCGGCAGCGACGCUCCCCGUCCAACCUGACAGAGCUUGAGAGGAUCUGCAGAGAAGAAACUCCCCAAAUAGGUGUGCCAAGCUUGUAGCGUCAUACUCAAGGCUGUAAUCGCUGCCAAAGGUGCUUCAACGAAGUAAUGAGUCUGAAUACUUAUGGAAUUAUGUAAUAAAUUUGCAAAAAAUGUCUUAACCUGUUUUUGCUUUGUCAUUACAGGGUAUUGUGUGUAGAUUGAUGAAAGAAAAGUAAUACAUUUUAGAAUAAUGUAACGGUGUCUGAAUACACGUGGGUAUAUGUCCUUUUCUGGUCUAAUACUGGUCAGGUGUGUCAUUAAUGCCUACUGAUACUUGUACCAGGGCCAUGUUCAGUACAAAAACGUUAUUGAACGUUGCAGAUAGAAAUACCACUAAAUAGAGCCAAUGUGAUUCCUUAUUGUAUACGUCAGAGAUGCACGUUUGUUCUACAUAGCAUAUUUCUAUCUGAACGUACCCCUGGUCAGCGUACCACCACGGUACAUUGAAUUUGUAAUAAAGUAUCUAAAUGUAUUUUAUCCAAAGCGAACUUACAGUAGUGUGUGGCCCCAGCGGGAAACUCAUGUACUACCAACUGACCUACACGCAGACUGUUAUUUCCUGUCCAUGAGCAUCAGUCCCAGGAUAACAUGCAGACUGUUAUUUCCUGUCCAUGAGCAUCAGUCCCAGGAUAACAUGCAAACUGUUAUUUCCUGUCCAUGAGCAUCAGUCCCAGGAUAACAUGCAAACUGUUAUUUCCUGUCCAUGAGCAUCAGUCCCAGGAUAACAUGCAGACUGUUAUUUCCUGUCCAUGAGCAUCAGUCCCAGGAUAACAUGCAGGACAGUAGUUUUAUAUUCAAGCUGUAAGCCUUUGUGCAAUAAAAUAAUCUGCCAUUCU